AUUCAAGAAGUGGAAUUUUCAUCCUUAUAGGAGCUCUACUUAAAGAGUCAUCUCACAAAGGUGUUUUCAUCUUGGGAAUGGUCAUGUCAGCUCUCUGCUCCCUUGACAAUAAUAAUGUACAUCAGUUCUCACAGAUGGUAUAAGUCACUGCAGAUUAUAUCAUUACUGGAUAGUAAAAAUACUGUGUUUAUAGAUGUCUUUACAUCAUUUUCUAUAUAUUUUAAGACCUGUAUUGUCCAGGUGCUACAGUAGUAGGUUUGUUUUCUCAGAAUUUAAUAAUCAUUAGAAAUUCUUAGCAUGUACGUUAUAAUUUUUUGUUAUAAUUUUCAUGUGUCAUAAAAAUACACAUUCUGCUACAGGGAACUAAAAAAAAGAUAUGCACAUGAAAGUCAAGGUUUGAAAUAUAUAUAUAUAUUUUAUUUUUUUUCUCCUGUUAUACUAUGAGCAGGAUAUAGAAAGGUGAGUUUUCUGGCCCUUUUGGCUUUUCUAGGCCCUGGCAAAAAUAUCUGGGCUUCUCAGGCUCCUCCCCUGUCUCAGCAAACUUGUUUAUAAAUACCUACAAGGGACAUGUUUUCUUAUAAUUGAGACAGUAAAGUCUCUGCUGUUCAGUGGUGAGUGUAAUUUUCCAUUCCAGUACUUCACCUGGAGACACAGCAGAUCCUUUGUCUCUCAGCAUCUAAAUUAAGAUGGGGGUUUUAUCUUAUGUAAAAAUUCCUUUGUGAUAUCUGCUGUUUUCCGUGCUACAGAGAAGGUUACAGGAGAUCACUACAGCCUGAUCUGGCUGCAAGGACCUGUGAAAAGUUCAAAGCUGUUAUCAGUGACUAUCCUGUCCAUGGGAUUCAUCCUCCUGCCCCUUGCCAAGAAGAGGGAAUUGCACGUGAAGUCAUUUGUCCUCCAUCUGGCAGAUCCUUGAAGCUUGUAUCCCACCUGUCUCAGCCUGUGGAGCCCUGGAGAGCCUGGGUGACUGGUGCCUGGUGCAUUUCCCCAGGGGAUGGAUUGGGGCUGAAGCUGCAGUAGGCACAAAAGAGGUGCACCUGCUUUGGGGAGCUGUUGUCCAAAAGAUACUUGUGGAGCUUCUUCAGUGGGCACAAGACAACCUGUUCCCUACAACAGAGUUGCCAGCAGAUGCCUUGAUGGAACAUGUAAUCAGGAGGCUGCCAAACAAGGAGGGGUGUUUGAUUUUGUUCUGAAAUUUCGGGAAUUAUCUUCAUUUCCUGUGAACACCUGUGGUUACAUGGCACAACCAUCCUUGUCCUUGGGUGAAAUCCUGGCAUUUCUGAAAUAAAAGAAAUCCAAGAAAUGUCCUGUUUGCCUUCAGUGGAACCAGGAUUUCCAUCAUGUACAUGUUUCAGUGCCAUCUUCUUUCAGUACAAAUCAAAGAUGGAAGAGAAAAUCAAAUUUGGUAUUUGAAAAUAUCAAAACUAGCAUUGGCUUUUGCAAUUAUCCACUCGAAACCACCAGGGAAGAGUUCCAAAGAAUAUACUGAGCAUCUUGCCAAAACUGUAUCUGAACGAGAUUUUGGAUGGAAGUGGAAAGUUGAAGUGCUGGAAGCUGAAGUUCUUCGAUUAAGACAAGAACUUCUUUUGAACCGGAUCUGUCCAAGAUUCUGCUUGGAAAAUAGAAAACCAGGUACCUCUGCUGAAACUCUUCUGAAUCAAGAAUCUAUAAACCCUACGAAUUACUCAAGCCAGCUAGAAGACUCUGGAUGUGAUGUCUCUAAUGACUCUGCAUUUGAUUCUUUAGGCAUAGCUUCAGAUUUUCACCAAUCUGAGCAUAAUGUCAAAGUUCCCCCAUUGAAUCUUUGCCAUAGUAGCAAGGAGCAAUCUCUGACUGCUCCAGUACAGUUUUUGCAACAUUUGCUUGAAAUAAGAAAACUGUCAGAAGGAGGAAUUCUUCAAGCAGAUUUCUCAGAGCUUGAGAAUGAUUCUUUCACCAUAUGCAAUUCAGUGUCUCAGUUACUUGAUGGACUGACCAUUUUUUACAACAGUCCUAAAUUUCCAGUUUCGAAUUUUCUUACUGAAGCAGUUUGUGUUUUGGUCAGUUUAAUAACUGAUACUAAACUAUCUAAUCAUGUUUUAAAAAAGUGUUUCAAGAAGCUGGAAGAAUUUAAGAAAAAUCUAAUUCAAAUUAUUUUAAGAAACAGCAGUGUCAAUAGGUUUCAGGCACUGCAUUCUGUAUCAGAAACACUGAUUUUGCUAGGAAGGAACAACAUAUUAAGAAAUUCUUUAAUAUCGCUUCUACUAUCAGAAGUACGUCAGUUUGCUGAGCAGCUGUUGCAGGCCCACCAGGUCCAGUCUGUGUAUGACAUUACCCAGUAUGAGAAUAUUUUUCCUUUGUGCAUGAUUCUGGAAAAACUUCUUCAAAAUAAGACAGAAGAAAACGUUUCGAGUUCAGACUAUGAAGGAGAAGAAAAAAUCAAAUUUCUGAAGAACCUUGAUCAAAUUAUUCUUCAUCUCUCAGAUGAAUUCCCUCUAUUUUCUUUAUAUUUAUGGAGAGUGAGUGUUCUUUUAAACUCAGCUCAAAUGCAAAUUGAUUAAAACAAGCAGCCUACUUUUUAGUGCAUUUUUUGGGGGGGUAUGCAUUGGAAGGUUUUCGAGCCAGACAGGAAAAUUGUUGUUAUUGGAAAACAUUUACUUUAAACUACUAUUCUAUACACCAGUUUCAGAGAUAAUGCAGUUUAUUUCCAAACUUAAAUAUAGAAAAAAAGUAAUAAUCCAGGUGCCAUUUUGAAUAAAUGCUGUUUCAUGUAAUGGAAAACAAUAUGUUGGUGUUUCUGUACACAGUGAAAAUGGAACACAGAAAGUUGUUUCAGGUGCUGUUUAAAAUAAACACUAUGAAUUUUAAAGUUGAGUCAUAAAAUGUGUGUAGAGAUUUCAAGUUAGGAAACUAUUGCCUGUCCUUUAAGAGUUGUGUAGCUUCUGUAUAAUUUAGAUACAGUGUCUGGUUGGCAGAAAUAGAAAUGCUUAUUUUUAAACUUUGUAGCUCAUCAUUACAAAUACUUAUAGGACAUACUUUGUUAACAAUUUAAUCAAAAUAGUCAUUACCUGAGCAAAAUAAAAUCUGGGGCUCAGUUUUACAACUUUCUUACACUCGUAUACUGUUUGGCUUUACUUGUGUAUGCACAAGUGUAGGUACAGUAGGCCUAAUUCAUUCUGAGUUGAGUAAUGAUUUCAGAGAUCUAAUCUGAAUAAAUAUAACUCAUUUAGUGGUUACUUUAAACCUCUCUGUUCAAAAUUAAUGAAUAUUGAUAAAAUCCUCUUUGUGUCUUUUCAUUUUAUCUGAUUUUUAAUUUUUGUUUUCCUGUGUGAUGGUAUUAUAUUCAUAGUAAUAAUUAAAGUAAAAGAUUUUAACAGAAAUUAUCUUAAACAUAAAAGGUCUUUAUAGUGUGAGUUCAAUAAUACCUUAACAGAACCAGAGUACUUAAUUUAUCUAGAGGAUAACUAUAAUGAUAAACAACUUUUUUUUCUAGUAGACAAACAACAUUUUAGUUGUAUUAUGUCUCCUAGAAGUGCAUAUUUCCUGUAAAUAUAAAAAAUUUUGAGAAUUAGUCCAUAUCCUUCCCCUUGCACUUGUUUCAUCACAUCAAUUUUUAUGUCAGGAAAAUUUGCUGAAACACCGUUAUCUUGUUAAUUUGAAUGCAUUUAUUUUGUAAUAAACCAUUGCUUUAUAAAUUUGUAAAACACAUUGAUAUUUAGAAAGCAGGUGAAUUGGCAGGUGAAUUACUGUGAUGGUGAAUUGGCUUCCCAAAGAGUGUUUCUUAGUUUGACACUGGCCACUGUUCUGUUUCUUCAUAUUUGAUAUGUCAUAUGGUAACAGUUAUUUAAUGCUUUCUUUCAGCAAAGUUUUUUUCCACAGAAAUGUUUGAUUUGCAAAGCAAGGAUUUCUGAAUAGUCACAUGACAAAAUCAGAUGAGUUUAGCCAAACUAAAGAAAAGAAAUAUGUUUUGUAGUUACUCAGGAACUGCCAUGCCCUUUUUAUUACUACUUUACUUGCUUGUUUGGUUGUUUCAUUAAGAUAAGAGAAUCAGUUCUCCCUCCACAGCACUGAAAACAUGGUUACAAAAAGAGCAAGGAGAGAAGUCAACAAAAUGAACUGUUACCUAAUUGAUAUAAUUUUCAUUUUCAUUUUUUCAAAAAAGCUUCAUUCAAAAGUAGUUUGUAAACAAAAGACACAAAACACAGGAGGAUACUGGCAUCUGUAUAAUAGCAAACUGUGUGUGUUUCAAGACUCUGGUUCCAAACAACAGGUUCAGCACUAGAUUGCACACUACUGCACAUUUGCUGAUCGACUGGCAAAAAAUAUUUUUGUCACUAGUAAAACAACACGAGCACAAAGGGAUGCAUAUUUUCUUCUUUGCAGAUUGUAGCAUUUUCUCACCAGCAAACUCUCUAGGCCACUGGAAAAGCAAUGGAUAUUUUGGGAAAUAUAUUCAUUGCUGGUAAAUUUUGAAGUAACUGCUCACUUGAGACAUGAUUUUUGACAUGUUUUUUCACAGCAUAGAGAGAGAGGAGGUUUUGUGUCCAGAGAUGGCAUAACUACACGGCACUUAUGCUCUGAUGGGAAUUUGAAACUGUUAUGCAGCUUUGAAAGCAUUGAGGCAGUGAGAGUUCCCCUUGUAAUGCCAUUGCAGCAAUCUAGACACACGCUGGCCUCUCUGCAAAAGGGAUGUCACCUGGUCACCUGGGCUCUCUUUAUCUGUUUCAGUGGAAAAUUAAAUAAUGCAGUGAACCACAUUAAUGAGCACCUCAGCUUUGGUGGGAGCAAUAACCUCUGCAAUCAGAAUACUCAUUAGAUUGUCGUCUCGCAUUUCUUGAAGAGAUUUUUCACCAAGAUGGGACUUGCCUUAAGAUGAAGGUGUGCAAAGGUAGACACGUGCAUUUAGAUGUCUCCCUGUGGUUGAGAUGUCUAAUCUAUGAAACACUUGCAAAGUACCCCAAUGUUUUGGCCUGGGUAUCCAGCUACUACCACAAAGGACUGCAGAUCUUCUCUAAGACCUGCAUCACAUUUUCUCUCUUUAUGUAGAUGCGUCUGAUACCCUGGAGCAUCUUUAGUGGCACUGUCACUUACAGUGUGUGCUUAGACAACUGAAUUGAGCAGUGGUGGUAGCGUGAGCAUGGAUAUACAGCUCAUGAACAUCCAUUUAGGUGUCUUAAUGUGAAAACUAAAUCCUACCUUUGUGAUACCUUAUCUGUUUUUUAGAGUAGGAAAUCCUAGGUUUAAAUCCCUGCUCUUCAGACAAUUUCUGGUCUUGUCUGAUGACUGUUAGAUGUAACUUGAGUAAACAUCACGAGUUUUGUAAUAAAACAGGAUGACUGAGACAGUCCCUGGAAGAUUUACAACCAGGUUACAAGUCUUGGACUUAAACUAAGUCUUUUAGUUUUACAUCCACACAUCCAACUUUUACCUAUCUGACCUCCAGAGAGGAAUACCAAAUGCAGAGAAAGUAUCUGUGAUCUUUGCUGAGUGUAGGAUGUCUCAAAAGAACAAUCUCAAAAUCCCAUGUGCUGAGCAUAACACAUCGUAGAACUAAACAGAAAACACUUAAAAAAAUAACUCGGUCUGAUCUGUCAUUGCUCCCUGGAGUGUGUCACCUGAGUUACACUUAUAGUUUUAGAAUGAACAGUUCAAGGAUAUUUCUUUUGUCUUGCAGAUUCUUUUUGUAAAUAAAUGUGCUUUAAAAUUUGGCAAAAUGAUAAUGUUUUGCAAAUGCAAAUUGUUCAGCCUUAUAAAUACAAAUAUAUAUAUAUAUAUGUAUAUACACACAGGGUUAAAUUAUAUAUUUAUAUGGUUGAAUUAGCAGUGAUUAUUUAUUAGUAGCCUAAUUUCAGUUUAUGAUUUUGUAAUUUGUUUUUCUGCCACAUUCUUAGCUUCCUGGAUGACUGUCUUCUGUACUUGUCUCCAUCUGUUUUAAAAAGAAUUUUGUGGUAGAGUCUCUUUUUAUGAGAGUAGAAAAACUAUGAGACAAGGAAAAUAAAUUUUUAUUCUAGUGCUGUUCA